AUGCGUAACACACUUAUCUUCGCUGGCAGCUCAUGCCCGAAGCUCACAGAUCAAAUAUGCACGAACUUGGGAAUGGCUUCAGCUCCUGUCGAACUUACUCAGUUCGCAAAUGUACUCCUUAUGACCUCUCAAAGAAGUUAUUUUAGCUAAUACAACUUAGGGAGAGACCAGCGUUAAGAUCAUGACUAGCAUUCGAGAGAAGGAUGUGUUCGUCGUUCAAUCGGGUAGUUCUAAGAUCAAUGACAGUAUCAUGGAGCUUCUAAUUAUGAUCUCUGCUUGCAAGGGAGGAUCAGCAAACAAAAUCACAGGUUAGUGCAUUGAAUUUUGUUUAUUUUUACUUGUUAACACAAGACCCAUCUGCUAACCCGUAUAGCUGUUCUACCAUACUUCCCAUAUAGCAGACAGUCAAAAAAGAAAUCGCACCGAGGUGCUAUCACUGCUCGUAUGCUCGCAAAUCUUUUACAUGUUGCUGGGGUCAGUCAUGUUAUAACUGUCGACCUCCACGCCUCACAAAUGCAAGGCUUUUUCAAAUGCCCAGUCGAUAAUCUUCACGCGGAGCCAUUAAUAGCACGUUGGAUCCGACGCAAUGUGCCAGAGUGGAACGAGGCUGUAUGCGUUUCAAAGAAUGCUGGUGGCACGAAGAGAGUAACAUCUCUAGCAGAUGCUCUGAAGCUCAAUUUUGGAAUGGUUACAACCGACAAGAGAAGAACCCCUGCGAAUAUGUCAAUGAGCAUGAUUAUAAACAGACUUGAGGAUUCCACCUGCGCAGAUUUGGAUUCAGAAGUCAAUAAGCUACACAUUGGCGCAUUUCCAGCAGUAGAAGAGGAGACUAUAAAGGAACCCAAACAAAACGGAAGAGAAACAGAAUCUACAUCUACACUGUUAUCAAAUGGUGACUCGCCUCCACGACAAACAAGAGCACGUCAAGACAGCCACCCCUCUCCACAACGCAUGCCUAACCUGUCCGCCAUUAGAACCGGACAUAAAAAUUCUGUUGGGGCACCUUCGCCUUUGACCAGGGCACACACUACCCCGCCACCACGAUCUGCACCUGUUGAUGAAGCGGUAGAAGCACAAUAUACUGAUGAACGCGCUCGAGAGGUCACCCAUGGCCGAUUAGUUCAAGGUCACAUUGUUUCAGAUGAUUAUCCUUCACCUACACAAUCCGCCAUGUCAUCCUCAUUAAUUCUCGAACGCCCUGAAGAUGACCCAAUAUCGAUUUCUAUGGCAUCUUCAAUCUUCAUGCCUGAGCCACAUGCACUUGGUGGAACUGCUGAUGCUGCUGGUGAUGCAUCAGAUGAAGAAGAGGAAGGUUUCAAAGACCCAGCCCUUGAACAAAUGAUCACGUUGGUUGGAGACGUCCGGAACCGUACCGUCUUCAUCAUCGAUGACAUGAUUGAUAAAGCUGGGAGCUGGAUUGCCGCGGCCGAAACCGUGGUCAAACGUGGUGGUGCCAAGAAGGUCUAUUGUAUUGCUACACACGGCCUUUUUGGAGGAAAUGCCCUCGAGGAACUUCAAAAUUGCGAUUGUAUCGACAUGAUAGUUGUCACCAACUCAUUUCCUAUUCCACCAGAAAAAGCAAAAGAUGCAAAGAAGCUGCAAAUCUUAGAUUUAUCAAAGUUACUCUCCGAGGCCAUCAGAAGGAAUCAUUAUGGAGAAUCUAUUUCUGCUCUUUUCACACAUUCUAGCGAUUAGAUGUUUGGUCUAACAUUAUCUGAUUAAUAUCAAAAUCGAUCUGCAAUUUGCUAUUUUUGGAGAUUUAUACCCAUAGCGUGGCGUACGGUGGCGGAAAGACGGAUGGGAUUAUGAAUGAAUGAAUUGCUAGGUAACAAUGGAAUUGAAAUAUAUUUGCUUAGAAAGGAAACUAACUAAGGGCGCAAAUUCAUAGGACCAGGUGUUCUCCAUUGUCUCGUCCCGAGUCUAUAAGGUGCAGUGAGAUAUUUGAUAUCCUUUUUCUAAGUAUUUCUCUUUCAUUCGUCCUAUUUUUCUCUCUCAUUCGGAGUUGUGGAUGGUCAGCAAUGAGUUUUUAAAUGAUCAAACCACAGAGUGUCUCCACCUGUUUCUUUCGUACAUCUCCUAGCACUUUAUCGAACAAUGGAAAAAUACCCAGCGAUGCGAUCUAUAGUGAUUGCAGGGACAUACUUUCCUCUAGAAAGAUGUCCUUAACGGAGCGUUGGCAGAUUAAACAAAAUCUCAAUAUAUCUAUAGUUACUUUGUGACUGAUAUGGCGAGACGAAACUCAAAAGUACUUUAUAUAGAUCUGAUGGAUAAAGGACUGAGAACUACUCGGACAUAUAUUUUUGGAGGUUGAAUUGCCGUCAACUUGGGUUCUGAGAAUUCAGAGGAAUUACGAACUUAUGUACAAAACAAAUAGAAUAUCAUAUACAAAACAA